AUGAAAGGGGAGCAGCAUCACGUGUCGUGUCAUCAGUGCCUCUGCCACCACCGCCCCACGCGGACGAGCGAGCGAGCGAGCCGGAAGCGAGAGCCAGAAGCAAACCGGGGGCCGACAAGUAUCUGCAAGGGGAGGGGGGGGAGUUUUGGCGGCGCGGGGAUGGGCGACCCGGGGAGGCUGCGCGUGGCGGUGGUCGGUGCCGGGGCCGCGGGGCUCUGCGUGGCCCGGCACCUCCUGGCCCGGCCGCACGACUUCCACGCCCCGUGCGUGUGGGAGCUCGACUCGGCGGCGGGUGGCACGUGGGUGUACAAGCAGCACGGGGCGGGGGCGAACCUCUCCAGCAUCUACCGCGACCUCAGGACUAACCUGCCCAAAGAAGUGAUGGCCUUUCCCGACUUUCCUUUCGACAAGAGCCUGCCCUCGUUCCUGCAUCACAGCGAUGUCCGAGCAUACUUGGACAAGUACAUCGAUCACUUUCACAUCCGGCCACACAUCAAGCUGCAGUGGCGCGUGGAGCGGGUGCAGCCCGUGCCGGCACCGGAGGGAGCUCCACGCCACGAGGCCUGGGACCUCACUGCGCGCAGUCUGGCCGAUGGCGAAGUUGUCACUCGGCGUUACGACUCCGUCAUCGUCUGCAACGGACAUUAUUCCAAACCCUAUCUGCCAGACAUCCCCGGCCUGGCCGACUUCAAGGGGCAGGUGCUGCACAGCCGCGACUACCGCAGCCGCGAGCGCUUCGCGGGCCAAGCGGUGGCGCUGCUCGGCGCCGGCAACUCGGGCCAGGACAUCGCCGUGGACGUCUCGGCCGUGGCCCGCGAGGUGUGGCUCUGCCACCGGCGCGCCCCGUUGCGCUCCCGGCUGCCCGACAACGUCCGCCAAGCGCCGUCCGUGCGGAGCUUCACGGAUCGCGGCGUCGUGCUGGCCGACGGCUCGGAGCGCGCGGCCGACGCGUUCGUCUUCUGCACGGGCUACGAGUACUCGUUCCCCUUCCUGGCGCCCGAGGCGCGCGUCGGCGUCGGCGACCGCCGCGCGUCGCCGCUCUACAAGCACAUGAUUCGCGCGGCCACGCCGACGCUCGUCUUCGUGGGCCUCUGCAAGCUGGUCAACCCCUUCACCUUCUUCGACUGCCAGGCGCGCUACGCGCUGGCGACGCUGCGGGACCCCGCGCUGCUGCCGCCGCGCCCCGAGAUGGACGCGGAGGCGCGGCGCGAGUCGGAAGCGCGGCGCGCCGCGGGCGUUCCCGAGCGCGACCGCCACCUGCUCGGCGAGCGCCAGUGGGCCUACAUGGCCGAGCUGGCCCGCCUGCUCGGCACGCCCGAGGCCGCCCCUUCCGCCGCCGUGCGGGCCCUCUUCGACGCGGUGAGAGCUCACCGGGAGGGCAACCUUCUCGUGUACCGCAGCCUCAACUACCGGAUCACAGGCGACGGUGAAGAUGGGUGGUGCGUCGUUGGCUCUGGCGAAGGGAGCCGGUGAACUGCGUGCGGGGUCCCACCGCAACGAGCCGUUGUUGUGAGCGUUCGAUUCCCAACGUUAUAACCGCACACACAAAUCGACCACUAAUAAAGAAGAGUUCAAUAAUGUAGGGCUGUUGUUUGUAGGCCUACUGGCUAAGAUAUGCUAAUAGAAUGUGUGCUCCACACUAACUGAACUAUUGUAAUUCUACCACUGAUCUCUACAGCAAUUGUUCAGAAGCGACCUGGCCACAAGUGACGGCUGAACGUAGUGGCUUACAUCACGUGGAAAAUUAUAGCAGUAGUCAAAUACUCUAAACGUGUGAUGUUCAUUCUAAAUAUGGAGGGGGAAACUGAAGGACCCCGAGAAAAGUCCACGCGACCACGGGGAGAACACACAAAUUAAAAAUGUAACGUUCUGUUUCUGCACACUGGGGACUCAUUGGUGAUUGCUCAGCCAGAGCUAUCGUGAACCCAUCAGGCAACGCAAUGUCCCGUGUUGGUGCCGGAAGGCGCCUUCAGCACGGGCCUGAGACGAGGCGCUUCGUGCACCAGACCCAUACACCGCUCACCACUCACUGCCGUCUCAUUCCCAUCCAGGACUCUAUUCCGGCUUCCAUAAGCGGUUGUGUCGCUGCUCCCCGUUGCUAUUUUAGAGAUAUUGUGCCGUGGGCUUUCCUCUGUUAGCGGAUGGAGUCGCUGAGCCCGUGGCUCGGCUCAGGCUCAACUCGUGGAGAUCCUGAGCACGGCUCGGAUCAUUUCUCAGAGCCGGCUCAAGUUUAAGCGUUUGGCUUUGAGCCGGCUCGCUUGAGCCAGAGCCGAGUCGAGUCGUGAUGAAGAAUAGGGCCCUCAAACGCUGUGCGGGGCCUCAAGGACACGGUCCCGAAUCUUAAAACACCUUCGAUUCUCCUGGCUGGCCGGUUGAAACAUUUUGGCGGACCAAGUUGUUACUUGGUGGACUUUCCGGGGUCUUUUGGCGCUGCACGUGUAACCGUCGUACAACACAACACACGUGCACUAGUACACAUCACAACACACGUGCACUAGUACACAUCACAACACAUGUGCACUAGUACACAUCACAAGACACGUGCACUAGUACACAUCACAACACACGUGCACUAGUACACAUCACAACACACGUGCACUAGUACACAUCACAACACAUGUGCACUAGUACACAUCACAACACACGUGCACUAGUACACAUCACAACACACGUGCACUAGUACACAUCACAACACACGUGCACUAGUACACAUCACAACACACGUGCACUAGUACACAUCACAACACACGUGCACUAGUACACAUCACAACA